CUUCAGAAGUAAUUUGUAAAGUCCUUUUUUUCUUUAAAAAGAAAAGGAAAAAAGUCAUCUUUUUACAGAGUGGAAGGAGAAAAGAUUUUAUUAACGGAUAUUUUUGUCUUCCCAGAAGACCCUUCAGAUUUAUGCAGUAUUUCAACUCUGUUAAAAUUGCAUCAUGGUAAAACAUUAACUUUAUUAAGAGAAAUGGGAAUCAUGUCCCAACUUUUAUCUUCCUUAUUAUUACUUCUCGUAGUUCUACAAAACCUUUGUCCCUUUAUCUUGCACACCAUUGUUCAUGCAGGAACACACUUAGGACAGGCAAACCAGGCAAACCAUAAAAAAUAGGUUUAAUAUAGCCUUAAUGAUCCGUCCCCCAGAGGCCUUAGCUGAUGUUCAGACACUGAAAAGGGCAUUAAAUUCCCACAGAACUGACAAAAAACAACAUAAAACAGCUCCUGGAAUCUAUAAUGACUGAACAGCAUAAUCUAUACCAUAAAUUAAGGGUCUUUCAUGUUUUCAGGAAAAUAACUAAAUGUUACAGGAAUCAAGGUGCGUCACUGCGAGUGAACAAAUUGCCAAACACCUCCAGGUGACGAUUUGAUAAGGUUAUUACAAAGGUCACGGCAGAGCAGGAAACUAUGCUGAAUAAUUAUUUAUUAGUCUGUUCCUCCCACUGUCCUCUGUUUGCAGGUAUAAAUAAGACGGCAGCUAAUGAAGAUACACUGUUAUUGCCACAGAAUAACACCAGACAAACAAGAUGAAUUUUCUCCUUCUAGCAGUUGCGUUGGGGCUUGCAGGAGCAUCUCCUUUGAAGGACAGCAGGGAGUGCCAGCCUCACUCCCGACCGUGGCACGUCCGGCUGGAACGUGGAAGAGCGUAUUGCAGCGGAGCUCUUAUUGACAAGUGGUGGAUAGUGACAUCCUUUAGCUGCGCACAAAUGGCCAGCAACGCUGUUGCUUCUCUGGGAGAACAUGACCACAGUGUGGAGGAAGGCACAGAGCAACGCAUCGACGUUGCUGCCGUGACCUAUCACAGCCCCUACCGCUCGGCUCUCCACAGCCUCGCCAUGGUGCGUCUGGCCCAACCGGCCCGCUUCAAUCAGUACGUCCAGCCCAUUCCUCUGCCCAGCCGCUGCACAAAGCCAGGAGAGACCUGCUCCGUCAGUGGUUGGGGAUCCACCAUCGCAAACCACAAUAACCCCUCUCCGCGCCUGAAGUGUAUAAAUGUGCCGGUGGUGGAUGACCAGACCUGCAUGAGCACCCUCCCUUCGUACAUAUGGGGACCAAUGAUGUUCUGUGCAGGUCGAGCAAACACAGAUAACUGCCUGGAUGAUCAAAGCGCUGUGCUGGUGUGUGGUGGUCAGCUGCAGGGCCUGACAUGGUAUGGAAACGGCUGCGAGCACCCUGCCUACCCCUCAGUGUACACCAAGCUGUGCAGAUACAACGGCUGGAUCAACGGAGUGAUGGCCAGCAGGCCGCCGCAGACAACACACGUUCCACCACAUAAGACGACAUGAAUCUGCGGUGGCACAUGUCAAUCCGCAGAUUAAGUAAUAAUAAACUGCUCCAUUCUGGAGAAACAAUUAGUGACUGACCCUACGGUUUACAUGCUACCCUUAUUUUAUUUUUUCAAAUUGUUAUAAAGUUGGAUUUUAGAUAGGACUGCCAAAGAUAUUAAGAAAUGUGCAUGUACUAUAAAUGCUAAAAUAAAUGUGUCCAUCUACACUUUA